AUGGUUGAACCCAAAUCCAUCAAGGAAGCGUUGGAGCAUGCUGACUGGAUUACAGCCAUACAAGAAGAACUGGCAGAAUUUGACCAAAAUGAAGGUUGGACUCUUGUGCCUCCUCCUCCGAAUCAUCCUAUUGUCGGUACGAGAUGGGUAUUUAACAACAAGUUAGAUGAUGCAGGAGUUAUUAUUCGAAAUAAAGCAAGAUUUCAAGUCAACCCAAAGAUGUCUCAUCUGUUGGCUGUGAAACAAAUCUUCCUACACCUUAAAGGCACAAAAAGUCUUAGAAUCUGGUACCCGACAAAUGAAAGCUUCCUUCUUCAAGCAUAUUCAGAUUCGAACUACGGUGGUCUUCAAAUUGAUAGAAAAAGCACUUCAAGUGGCUGUCAAUUCUUAGGUGGUCAUUUGGUCAGCUGGUCAUCCAAGAAACAAAUAUGCAUUGCACUCUCUACAGCUGAAGUUGAAUACAUUGCUGCUGCCAGCUGUACAUCUUAG